AUGGCCUCCUCCUUCGUCAUCCGCGUCCCGUGUUCCUCUGCCAACAUUGGCCCCGGCUUCGAUGUCAUCGGCCUCGCCCUCUCCCUGCACCUGGAACUGCACGUCACUGUCGACCCCACGACCGCGUCGCAACAACCCCUCAACUGCGCCAUUACCUAUGAAGACCAGAGCCGAAGCACAGAGGCCAUCAGUCUCGACCCAGAGGUCAAUCUGAUCACCCGCGUGGCCUUGUAUCUGCUGCGCUGCCAUGACCAGCGCGCGUUCCCCGCCGAGACCACCGUGCACAUCGUCAACCCCAUCCCGCUGGGUCGCGGGUUGGGGUCUUCGGGCACGGCGGUCGUGGCCGGCGUCAUGCUCGGCAAUGAGGUUGGCCGCCUGGGCCUAAGCAAGGAGCGCUUGCUCGACUACUGUCUGAUGAUUGAACGGCACCCAGACAACGUGGCUGCCUCGCUCUUUGGAGGCUUUGUGGGCACCUACCUGAACGAGCUCAAACCCGAGGAUGUCGCGCGCAAAGAAAUCCCCCUUAGUGAGGUUUUGCCGGCUCCCGCGGGGGGCAUCGACACGGGCAAUCGCCCCCCAGCGCCACCGCUGGGCAUCGGCCAUUACCGAAAGUUCCACUGGGCCAAGGAAAUCAAGGCCAUUGCCAUCAUUCCCGACUUUGUCGUGCCGACUGCCAAUGCCCGCAAUGUGCUGCCCCAGUCGUACUCCAGAGCGGACGUGGUCUUCAAUCUACAACGCGCGGCCCUGCUUCCCGCCGCAUUGGGGAGUUCGCCGCCCGAUCCCGACAUGAUUUUCCUGGCCAUGCAGGAUAAGGUCCACCAACCGUAUCGCAAAACCCUGAUCCCGGGGCUGACCGAGAUCCUGCAAUCCAUGACCCCUGCCACCCAGCCGGGGCUCUUGGGCAUUUGCCUGUCGGGUGCAGGUCCGACCAUCCUGGCAUUGGCGACUGAUCGCUUUACCGAGAUCGCAGACCGCAUCAUUGCCCAGUUCGCGGCCAAUAAGAUCUCAUGCCAGUGGAAGCUGCUCGAGCCCGCCCAGGAUGGGGCGACGGUCAUCCCGAAAUAA